AAUACUAUUAUUUGAUUUCGAUAUUUCUAAAAUCAAAAACUGAUUCUAUAUAUAUUUUUCUCAUGUAAAUCACAUAGGAAAAUAAAUCUAAUUUCCCUCAGUUUCCUCUCAAACUUUCUUUUUACUAAUUUUCAAGCUCUGUUCUUAGCAAUAGUUUUCUGUUUUUAAAACAUAUAUCUCCGUAAUAUUUACAUUUUCAGUUUGUUUUCUUGUUCUAGAUCUUAAUUAUACUUUUUAUAAAUUAUAUUUCUCUCUGUUGUUAAUCUCGUCUUUGAGUAUCUUUAAUCAAACGCCAAAGUCUAAUGAAUUAUUGAAAAAUAGAAGAAAAAAAAAGAAAAACUAAUGGUUUUAGAGAUGGAGUCUACCGGAGAAGUUAGAUCAACCGGCGGUAACGGCGGCGGUAUCACGGUUGUGGGAUCCGACGCGCCGUCAGAUUUUCACAUAGCUGCGAUAUCAGAAAGCUCAAAUCCUUCUCCUAACUCCGUCGCUCCUCCAGUACCACAGUCCCAUCACACGAACCAGCUCGGCAUAGAAGCACCGCCGCCGCAAAUUUCAGUGGCGGCGACGACGAUGAUGGAAGGUAUCUCCGGCGUACCGAUGAAGAAGAAGCGUGGACGACCUAGGAAGUACGGUCCAGAUGGAGCAGUUGCGGCGUUAUCUCCUAAGCCAAUCUCAUCGGCGCCGGCACCGUCGCAUCCUCCCCCGGCGAGUUCACACGUCAUCGAUUUCUCCGCCUCUGAAAAACGCGGCAAAAUGAAACCAACAAACUCUUUUAACAGAACAAAGUUUCAUCACCAAGUCGAGAAUUUGGGUGAACGGGUUCCUUGCUCCGUCGGUGGUAAUUUUACACCACAUGUAAUUGCGGUCAACGCCGGUGAGGAUGUAACAAUGAAGAUAAUAUCGUUUUCGCAACAAGGACCUCGUGCCAUUUGUGUUCUAUCAGCAAACGGUGUCAUUUCGAGUGUAACACUUCGUCAGCCUGAUUCAUCCGGCGGUACAUUAACAUACGAAGGUCGGUUUGAAAUAUUAUCAUUGUCCGGUUCAUUCAUGCCUAAUGACAUAGGCGGAACUCGGAGUAGAACAGGAGGAAUGAGCGUUUCGUUAGCAAGUCCUGAUGGACGCGUAGUAGGCGGUGGUGUCGCCGGUUUACUAGUAGCUGCAAGUCCGGUUCAGGUGGUUGUAGGAAGUUUCUUAGCAGGAAAAGAUCAGGAAGAUCAGAAACCGAAAAAGAACAGACAUGAUUUCAUGUUGUCGAGCCCAACCGCGGCGAUUCCUAUCUCUAGUGCAGCUGGUGACCGGACAAUCCAUUCGGUCUCGUCUCUUCCGAUCAGUAAUAAUACAUGGCAGACUCCUUUAGCUUCUGAAUCCAAGAAACAAGUCUUCUGAUAUUAAAGUCAAUUUAACUUGAAAAAUCUAAUCUACUCUGUAUUUUUGUUCCUUGUUAAGUUCAUUUCGGAUUUUCAACAUUAGCCGUUAUAAGGGUUCUACUAAACUGGUAGUUUUAAGGGUUUAAAAGUCUUAUAUGCUGGUACCAUUGUUGUUGCAUGGUGUAGCUUUAUUUCCUUCUUGUUUAUUUGUAUUUGAAUUAUUAUUUGUUCCUUAAAAUAUGUUCAAACCGGUCAUGGUUCCGGCUUUACCUGUUA